CACAAUUGUCGAUCUCAAGCCGCCCUAAUAUAUACUAUACGAGCUCUGCUUCCAAGGAGUUUCUCAGCCUUCAGGCGGUUCGCUUUCUCAGUAAUUCCUACUCUGUUUAAGCAUCUCUCUCUCACAGUUCGUUAAUGGGUUCGUGAAUUUAUGUGAUUCCUGCUUUUCCAUAGUCCCCCUCACAAGGACUGGCCUCUAUGCUUUGAAUUAAGACUUGGAUAUCUACAAAAGGUUGAGGUCAGGUCUUCGCAAGGAUUAAGGAUUUGCGAUUUUGUUUUAAAUUCAGUGAAACUACGCUCGUUUCUUAUAGAGGUAGCUGCUACUGUAUUUUAUUUUACAAUAUCAGGAUUUUGAGGAUGUUGCCUGUGGAUCCAAACAAAAAGUUAUCUUUUACUCGUAGCAUUUGUGAUGGAGAUUUGGUUAUUGUCUAUGAGAGGCAUGACAACAUGAAGGCUCUUAAAGUAUGCAAGGAUUCAGUGCUUCAGAACCGAUUUGGUGUAUUCAAACAUUCAGACUGGAUUGGAAAGCCCUUUGGAACCAAGGUUUUUAGCAACAAGGGUGGUUUUAUUUACUUGUUAGCUCCGACUCCUGAAUUGUGGACUCUGGUUCUAAGUCACAGGACCCAGAUUCUCUAUAUUGCUGAUAUUAGCCUUGUCAUCAUGUACUUGGAAAUAGUUCCCGGUUGUUUGGUUCUGGAAUCUGGGACUGGAAGUGGAUCUUUAACUACGUCACUUGCAAGGGCCAUUGCUCCUACAGGGCAUGUCUACACAUUUGAUUUUCAUGAACAAAGGGCUGCCUCAGCCAGGGAGGAUUUUGAGAAGACAGGACUUAGCAGUUUGGUCACUGUGGGAGUUAGAGACAUUCAGGGUCAAGGAUUUCCAGAUGAACUUUCUGGGUUUGCUGAUUCUGUCUUCCUGGACCUACCCCAACCAUGGCUGGCCAUUCCUUCAGCUGGGAAAACGUUGAAACCAGAUGGGGUUUUAUGUUCCUUCUCCCCGUGUAUUGAGCAAGUACAACGAGCCUGUGAUACACUUAGAUCAAACUUCACAGACAUAAGGAUAUUUGAGGUACUUCUUCGCACUUACGAAGUUCGAGAAGGAAAAAGGGAUUGCGGCCAGGCUGAUGGAGGUAACCUUGGGUCUCUUCCAUGUAAGAGGCGGCAGCGUUCAAGUGAAGGAAACACUGUGCAUGACAAUUUGAGUUAUCCAACGGUCAUGGCUAGGCCAUGCAGUGAGGCAAAAGGGCACACUGGCUAUUUGACAUUUGCAAGACUCAAAUGCCUCUCAUAAUGCUGCCACGCUUCUAUUUUUGUAGGAUAGCAUGCAAGAGUUUCUUAUUCUUCUACCUGGUUCAAGGGAUCAGCCCAGAGAUCAUGUGAGGAAUUCUUUUUCA